AGCCCCUCACUCCGGACCCCAGAACGCGCCCGGGCGCCCGUCGUCUCCAGGGACCUUUUAGAGCCUCGCUCACCACUCGGGCCCGAGCGCUCUCGAGCCCCAGACCCCGGCCCGCCUGCGCCCAGAACCCCGGCGCGCCCUCGGGAUUCCCAGAGCCUCUCAGGCCCCGCGCGUCGCCGCCGUUUGCCGCCCGGCGGGAGUGCAGGAUUCCUGUGGGAUCGGCCGAUGGACCGCGCCUGGCCCGGGCCCGGGCCCGGGCCUGGCACGGCGGCGAGGUGGAUGGUUCGGCUCCGCGUUCUCCCGUCGGCGAGGCAGCUUCGCGGCCAGGCCUGUUGGCUGCCAAGGGAGGACGCAGCUCCGGCCAAAGUCGGCAGCACCAGGGAAUCCCGUCGGUGCCCUGAGGUCUUCGCGGCGGGGAGGGGCAGAGCCGCGCCGCCGACAGCUCGUGGAGGAAAUCCUGGUCUCUGAUAGUGUGAAUGAUUCAGCUGUUUAGGAGGAAACACAAGAAUAGAAGAAGCUUGUGAAAUGUAUACCAGAGCUGCAAAUAUGUUCAAGAUGGCUAAAAAUUGGAGUGCUGCAGGAAACGCGUUUUGUCAGGCUGCCAAACUCCACAUGCAGCUUCAGAGCAAGCACGACUCUGCCACCAGCUUUGUGGAUGCAGGGAAUGCAUACAAAAAGGCAGACCCUCAAGAGGCUAUCAACUGCUUAAAUGCAGCCAUCGACAUUUACACAGACAUGGGACGAUUCACCAUCGCAGCCAAGCACCAUAUCACCAUUGCUGAGAUCUACGAAACUGAGCUGGUGGACAUCGAGAAGGCCAUUGCACAUUACGAACAGUCUGCUGAUUAUUACAAAGGAGAACAAUCUAACAGCUCUGCCAACAAGUGUCUGCUGAAGGUGGCUGCCUACGCCGCGCAGCUGGAGCAGUACCAGAAGGCCAUCGAGAUCUACGAGCAGGUCGGGGCGAACACAAUGGACAACCCACUGCUGAAGUAUAGCGCCAAGGACUACUUCUUCAAGGCGGCGCUCUGCCACUUCAUCGUGGAUGAGCUCAACGCCAAGCUUGCUCUCGAGAAAUACGAGGAGAUGUUUCCAGCAUUCACUGACUCAAGAGAGUGUAAAUUACUGAAAAAACUUCUAGAAGCUCAUGAAGAACAGAACAGUGAAGCUUACACUGAAGCAGUAAAGGAGUUUGACUCGAUAUCGCGCUUGGACCAAUGGCUGACCACCAUGCUGCUGCGGAUCAAGAAAUCCAUCCAGGGUGACGGCGAGGGGGAUGGGGAUCUGAAGUGAAACCUCCCUGUUGCGGUGGCAUGUAGUGCACUCCUCUUUAGUUUGUUUUAGGGCUGAGUGACCCUGUGGGUGCCCAUUUAUGGCUUCAUUCUGUUGCCCGUGAGCCCAGCGAUGUGUGUCCCUCCACGAGCCUUGUCUGCGUCCCUGUGAAGCAGCCGAGCGGAGGCUCCUGUUGCCGUUGUGUUUGUGACGACCAGAGUCCAUUUCAUGCUCGGCCCCAGAGCUUCCUGGGUCGUGCUUCCAAUCUUCCUCCUGCUGCGACGUCCAGGCCUAGCUUCCUGUUGCCACGUGUGUUCCGGUCCUGGAUCCUGGGACUCGGCUCUGUCCCUCAUGGCUGCCUCUCGAACUCCAUGCAUGGCGUCUGGAUGUCUUCCCUCUGUGCAUCCAUUGGGUGGAUGCUAGGAUGAGUUGAUGAUCUCACGAGGAACAGCUGAGUUUUAUUCUGUAUCAUAACUGAUGGUGCUGGUGACAGCUUUGCUUUUGUACAGCCCAUUUGUUCCUGAGCCCAGAGCAAGCAUCUCGGGGUGGGCAGGCUGCCUGGGCAGCGUGCGAGAAUGGCAUCGCCUUUGCCCAUCAGUUGAACUUGGUGUUCAGGGUCAGGAACAGGAAAUCCCAGUGUGCCAGGCAGGCCACCUACCUUUUGUCUGGGGAUCGGGUUGUCUCCAUGCUGGUGGGCUUGCUGUGGCCUGUGCAUGCUGAUGAGCAGAGAAUGUGGUCCUCCAGGUCCUACACUCUGACAUGGCUCAUCCUGAGUCUCCUGUGAGUAUUUUUGUGCUGAAAUGAUUUGAGAUACGAUGCUGCCUGACAGUUCUUGCAUCUCUUUCUAAAUUGCACUGCUGCCCUUAGUGCCAGCUCCCCAACCCUCUCAUGUUUUGUCAGGUGGUGAGGAGGGUCUGAUGGGGUCACCAUUUUAGUGGCCCUUGGGAGUGUUGGGUCUCUGCUGGGCCAGUGGAAAGCCCAAGAAGGGGUGCUGGAGAGCAGGUCAUUAGCCUGGCAGGGUUGGGGGAAGAUAGGGAAGCCUGGGCAAAGGCUGAUGUGGAAGCUGCUGGGGAACGCCCAGUGUCCUGGGUGCAGGAACUCAGGAGCCAUGUCUGGUGGGAGCAGAGUACCGGGCUCAAGGCUUCCUGUGCAGUUCUGGGUCUUGAAUGGAAGCGUUGUCUGUGAGGGUGUGGCUUGGACCAAAAAGCCUAGGUCCUCUGUGACCGCGUGGACUCCUCUGAAGCAGUGGCCACAGGAACAAGGCUCUAGGCUGGCCGUGUGCACAUCGGGAGUGGAAGCCCUGUGGCUCCGAGUUGGUUUCAGUAGUAGCCGGCCGGGAAGCAGUGUUGGUGCUGCCUGCCAGGUACCUGGUCUAGUGCUCAGCAGGACGCCACAGGUCCCUGGCAGAAGGGGCACUUGUCAAAGACGGCAUCAGACAGAGCAGCUUGUUUCAUUAAAAUAAAUGCUAGGAUCAGUGCUUGGGGAAAAAGUACUUUUGUAUCUUGUAUUUCUUGUGGAAAGAAUAAAAGUGAUUACAGUGGUGAAGACAGACCUGCCAGAACCCAUGAAGGAGGGUGGAAAGGAGCAAACUCACUUCCCCAAAUGUCCCCUGGACGCAGAGCCCAGGGCUGCGCAGUGAAGCUCUGCGGAUGUCAGAGUACUCUGUGAGCAGAGCAGGAUGGUUGUUUAUGUUACAGUUCUUGUUUCUUUGCAGCUCUGGGGUCAGUUCAUAGUCAAAGUCAGUUCAUAUUUCUUACAGAAAAGCUUUGCUUUUUGUGGCAACAAUUUUAUAGCUUGUGUGAUUUCCUUUUUUAAUGAUAUCUUGAAAACAGUAUUUUUGCACACUUGUGACCAUGUGUGGUGGUGUCACUGUAAUCAAAGUAUAUGCACCAGCCCUGUGCAGUCAUUGUUGCUCUGGUGUUGUGCGUUCCCUGUGUUCCAGUGCAGACCUUUGAGGCUUCCUUUGGAGGCUUUGCAGCCGCAUGCCUGUGCCCUGCCCACUGCAGAAUGACCUGAGUUGUCCUCUGCAGGGAGCAACAGUAUAAAAACCAACACAUAAAGAUAAACCGACCUUAGCAAAAAGAGUGUAUUUGUUUUACGUGAACCAGUACAAUAAAUAAAGUGUAAAUUAUGAA